UGUGGAGGGUUUCCACUAGUUACCACAGCCUUGAAGUCAAAAUUGGCUAUAUUUUCAAAAUCCAGAACUAAAAUAUGCUUAAUUUAAGGUUAGGAUUAUGUAUACAUUUAGCAGUGGUUAAGAUGAGGUUUAAAAUCUUAUUUUAAGAAAAUAAAUUGUAGAAUAGGCGGGGUUUAUGACUUUGUGGCUGUGUGACGACCGUGAGGAGGCUACCAAAGAAAAUGCUAUUGUUGUCGUUUGUCAGCAAGACGAUAACUGGCAAAGAUACUUAGCUGGCCGAAAGGAAUUAUCAAUGAGUAUUUUAUAUAUUGACAACGCCACAUAUUACAUGUUAAAAUGAAAAAAGGAGGAAUGCUUCGUUGGGCCUAGCUGAGUCUACUCCCCCAUAAUCCCUUUGACCCCUGACAUUUGACCCCUGGACGGUGUAACCAUGACGACGGGGGAUUGUUGCCACCUCCCGGGCUCCCUAUGCGACUGCACUGGCAACACUGGCCUGUCCAAAAGCGUGGAGGAGUCGGAUAACUGCAGAGCGCAGUAUGUCACCCAGGUCACAGCCAAAGAUGGGCGGCUGCUCUCCACCGUCAUCAAACCUUUGAGCACACAGAGCGAUGGGCCAAUUUGCCGGAUCUGCCACGAGGGGGCCAACGGUGAGGGGCUUCUGUCCCCCUGCAACUGCACAGGGACUCUGGGCACGGUGCAUAAGAGCUGCCUGGAGAAGUGGCUCUCCUCCUCCAACACCAGCUACUGUGAGCUGUGCCACACAGAGUUCACCAUUGAGCGCAGGCCCAAGCCCCUCACAGAGUGGCUGCGGGACCCGGGCCCUCGUAACGAGAAGCGCACAUUGUUCUGUGACAUGGUGUGCUUCCUAUUAAUCACGCCCCUGGCAGCCAUCUCUGGCUGGCUGUGUCUGAGGGGAGCCCAAGAUCACCUGCACUUCAACAGCAGACUGGAGGCCUUGGGCCUCAUCGCCCUCACCAUCGCCCUUUUCACAAUCUACGUCCUCUGGACUCUGGUAUCAUUCCGCUACCACUGUCAGCUCUACUCUGAGUGGAGACGAACCCAUCAGAAAGUACGCCUCCUCCUUCCCGAUGCAAAGGGGCGGCAUUCUAACCAGCAUUCCUUGCUCUCCACCAAGCUGCUGAAAAAAACAGCAGACGAGACUAUAGUAUGAGGUCAAAGGUGGGAAGAUUUGAAGUUGGUGUUCUUUGGGUGUUGGAGGUUCUCAAUGAAAAAGCACGUCUCCAACCAGAGCCCAAGCUCUUUUUCUAUUUAAAUCCUUUUUACCUAUGUGUGUCAUCAUCGUCAGCACUUCUUUUUUAUUUUGUCGUCUGAGCCUCUGAUGGUGGUUUUUUUGUGAUCUGGUAAAGAAACCAGCAUUUUAGAGACCAGUGAUUACAGUGCAGUAUGGUGUUUCUGAAGGUUUGGAAAAGGGCAGUUGAUUGGAUGGGUCUCCGCUGUGCGCUGCAAAGGGACAACAUAGGAUUCAUUGGACAGAUGCUCAGUGGAGAUGGCUGCCGAAGCUUUAAGACCAAACCCUCUAGUGUUUAAGUGGACAAUUCCCACUUUCUCCUCCCUAAUUUCCUUCACAGCCGUCUCUAAAAGUGUAGCAUGGAUCGUUGACGCUGAUCUACGGCGAUCCAUCCAGCGGUUGGUUCCCUAACCACUGAGUGUAGAAGUAAGAAGCUUAAAGCUUUCAUUCCUGUUUACCAGCCAAAGGCUAUUAGACUGGGGGGAUUAUAGAUGCUUAUGACAUUGCUACGCAAGCCAGUUGACUCCCUUCAAUUCAGCUCCAUCUGUUUUCCUCCUUGGUGUGAGCAGGAAUUUUGUUCAUAAAGAUGGAGAUUGUGCCAUAAAACACUGGACACGGUUUCCUCUCACAGUACGUGAUGAGACUGCUACCAACAUGCACAGUUUUGCAUGCAUGUAUACUGUUCAUUUUUUUUGUACGAGAUGUUGGUUGAACUCCCAUUAAUCUGGUGUUACUAGUUAGUAUGUUGAACUGGGUUUCCUCCCUAGAGUAUAGAGGUCUCUCAUUCUAUUAGCACCACAUAGAGUGAGCUGAUCUAGGUAGGUAGGUCUACACGCCACUGAUGAGAGAAAAAAUAACUUUAUGGAAAUGUAUAUUCCACCAACAUGAAGUUCAAACUUUUUGUGGUUGAUGGAAAGUAAGUCUUACCUUUCCAGGACAAUGUUAGAGUAGCGCAGGUCAAGAUCACUCUUCAAUAGCUAGUACACUCCUACGACGAUAGACCAAUGAAAUGCUUUGAAAUAUUAUGUGUUUUUUUGUGUAGUCAUAACAUUUGCUAGUAAUCACAUGCAGCAAGAGCAUAGAUUGGUUAAUUGAUGUUACUUCAUGUUUUGUAGCAGUUGCAUUCCCUUUCUGAUAUGCAGGCGACCAGACUGAUGUCUCGUCUCAGACGUCUACAGAUGUCAACUGUACCUUGACAGUAGAACCUAGUGUGUGGAGCAAGACCAGUGUAGGCACUGUUCUCACCCAUCUACCACAGCUUUAAAAUGCAUGAGUCGACCUCUGGACAAGAGAGAUAUGCAAAAGCACAGAUUUAUAGGGCUGGCCAUGUUACUAUCACCUGUUUGGAUCUUUUCAUGAAUAUACAGUUGAAGUCAGAAGUUUACAUACACUUAGGUUGGAGUCAUUAAAACUCUUUUUUUUUUCAACCACUCCACACAUUUCUUGUUAACAACCUAUAGUUUUGGCAAGUCAUUUAGGACAUCUACUUUGUGUAUGACACAAGGAAUUUUUCCAGCAAUUGUUUACAGACAGAUUUUUUCACAUAUAAUUCACUGUAUCACAAUUCCAGUGGGUCAGAAGUUUACAUACAUUAUGUUGACUGUGCCUUUAAACAGCUUGGAAAAUUCCAGAAAAUUAUGUCAUGGCUUUAGAAGCUUCUGACAAAAUCAAAUCAAAUCAAAUGUAUUUAUAUAGCCCUUCGUACAUCAGCUGAUAUCUCAAAAUGCUGUACAGAAACCCAGCCUAAAACCCCAAACAGCAAGCAAUGCAGGUGUAGAAGCACGGUGGCUAGGAAAAACUCCCUAGAAAGGCCAAAACCUAGGAAGAAACCUAGAGAGGAACCAGGCUAUGUGGGGUGGCCAGUCCUCUUCUGGCUGUGCCGGGUGGAGAUUAUAACAGAACAUGGCCAAGAUGUUCAAAUGUUCAUAAAUGACCAGCAUGGUCGAAUAAUAAUAAGGCAGAACAGUUGAAACUGGAGCAGCAGCACAGUCAGGUGGAAGUUGAAACUGGAACAGCAGCAUGGCCAGGUGGACUGGGGACAGCAAGGAGUCAUCAUGUCAGGUGGUCCUGGGGCAUGGUCCUAGGGCUCAGGUCCUCCGAGAGAGAGAAAGAAAGAGAGAAGGAGAGAAUUAGAGAACGCACACUUAGAUUCACACAGGACACCGAAUAGGACAGGAGAAGUACUCCAGAUAUAACAAACAGGCUAAUUUACAUCAUUUGAGUCAAUUGGAGGUGUACCUGUGGAUGUAUUUCAAGGCCUACCUUCAAACUCAGUGCCUCUUUACUUGGGAAAAUCAAAAGAAAUCAGCCAAGACCUCAGAAAAAAAAUUGUAGACCUCCACAAGUCUGGUUCAUCCUUGGGAGCAAUUUCCAAAUGACUGAAGGUACCACAUUCAUCUGUACAAACAAAAGUACAACAUCAUGGGACCACGCAGCCGUCAUUCCGGUCAGGAAAUAGACGCGUUCUGUCUCCUAGAGAUUUAACGUACUUUGGUGCAAAAAGUGCAAAUCAAUCCCAGAACAACAGCAAAUGACCGUGUGAAGAUGCUGGAGGAAACAGGUCCAGAAGUAUCUAUGUCCACAGUAAAACUAGUCCUAUAUUGACAUAACCUGAAAGGUCGCUCAGCAAGGAAGAAGUCACUGCUCCAAAACCGCCAUAAAAAAGCCAGACUACGGUUUGCAACUGCACAUGGGAACAAAGAUCGUACUCUUUGGAGAAAUGUCUUCUGGUCUGAUGAAACAAAAAUAGAACUGUUUGGUCAUAAUGACCAUCGUUAUGUUUUGAGGAAAACGGGGAAGGCUUGCAAGCCGAAGAACACCAUCCCAACCGUGAAGCACGGGGGUGGCAGCAUCAUGUUGUGGGGGUUCUUUGCUGCAGGAGGAACAGGUGCACUUCACAAAAUAGAUGGCAUCAUGAGGAUGGAAAUUUAUGUGGAUAUAUUGAAGCAACAUCGCAAGACAUUAAUCAGGAAGUUAUAGCUUGGUCUUCCAAAUGGACAAUGACCGCAAGCAUACUUCCAAAGUUGUGGCAAAAUGGUUUAAGGACAACAAAGUCAAGGUAUUGGAGUGGCCAUCACAAAGCCCUGACCUCAAUCCUGUAGAACAUUUUUGGGCAGAAUUGAAUAAGUGUGUGCUAGCAAGGAGGCCUACAAACCUGACUCAAUUACACUAGCUCUGUCAGGAGGAAUGGGCCAAAAUUCACCCAACUUAUUGUGGGAAGCUUGUAGAAGGCUACUCAAAAUGUUUGACUCAAGUUAAACAAUUUAAAGGCAAUGCUACCAAAUACUAAUUGAGUGUAUGUGACCUUCUGACCCACUGGGAAUGUGAUUAAAUAAAUAAAAGCUGAAUAAAUCAUUCUCUGUAUUAUUUUGACAUUUCACUUUCUUAGAAUAAAGGGGUGAACCUAACUGACCUCAGACAGGGAUUUUUUACUAGAAUUAAAUGUCAGGAAUUGUGAAAAACUGAGUUUAAAAAUAUUUGGCUAAGGCGUAUGUAAACUUCCGACUUCAACUGUGUGUGGGUGUUUGGUUUGAGUUUCUCUUUGUUCAGUUUAUAUAUUUUACUUUCUUCCUUGUACACUGUAUGGUCGCUUCAGACCCCCUUUGUUUUAGCCCAGCUUAAUUUCUGCAUAUUUCUGUAUAUAUAUAUUGUUAAUCAUAGUGUUGUCCAUGGUUGAACGUAAAAGUAUUGACCCUGAAUGUUAACUGGCCUGAAUAGGAGAGAGACUGAAUGCAAAUAGCCUCAGUAGAAAGCUCAAAUUAUGGUCCACAGAAGCCAAAAACCUAGGCCUAGAUUUGACGCUAAUUUAUUUCUAUGAUAGUAGUAUUUGUUAUAAUCUCUUCAUGGCAAUCAUACUCCUGUGUAUUGCUUAUUUUGUAGGUGCAGGUUCAACUCUUCCAGUACCUGUAGGCUUCAUGCAUAGGUUUGACUGAGGGUUUAUCUAUCACCUGAAGGGCUUUGCAGUGGGACAGCUAAGCUGUAUAACUGUUAUGCAGCUGUGACAAUCCUGGUUAUGAGAGUGGCUUUCUGAAAUCAGUUUCAACCUGAAAAAGUGUGAUCUCCAGUCACAGUAAAGGAAAUAGGAAAGUCAUCCUCUAAACUUGAACAGCAUAGACAGACAGUCAGCCAAGUUCAGUGGUGUCCUGUUGGGAGACCGCCUUUUAAAAAAAAAUAAAGUAUCCUCCACUUUUUGUUGUUGUUGUAAAGUGUUGAUUUGACCUCUAAAGGAAUCCUCUUCUCUGGAAAAUCUAUUUGUUGUUAAAUAAUAAUACUAGAGCUUAGUUGGAGGUUAUUUUCCUGUAUGUCAAUGUGUGUUGUGGAGUGGAACAGCUUUCAGGAUCUUUCAGCAUGGAGAGAGUUCUUAUCUACAUUGUCAGUGAUGGGCCACUGCCCUGUCUCAUGCUGUCUCUGAUUGGUGCUUUUGCCUCUACCUGACAUGUUUGGAGCUAUGGAGACAUUGCAAAGUAGGGUGUAGUUACAGCAAGUGUGCAAUUUGAUAAAUUUACAAUGCAAUGCUUACCUAUAACCGUAACAAUACAUAAUGAAAUCAGAAAUAUAAUGUAGAAGCUAGUGCAUAUGAAGGAUCAUAGCAGUUUGCUCACUUGUGCAGUCUGAGAGGGCCACGAUAGGAUGUUUUAUUUUGCUAAGUGAGUCUGUGAGUUGCCAACAAUAUGCAACACUGCUCCCUUAGAAGGCAGCUCAGAGACAUACUUGCCACAUUACUCCAGCUUUUAUAUACUCAAACAGGUCAUUUUCUCCAAAGAUGCAUUUAUUCUUGUUUUAUAUAUCAAAUGGCACUUUUACAAAACUAUCAUGGAAAUCAAUACAGUUUGGUUGUUUCUAUAGUCUUCUAACAGCGACUUUGAAAGGGAUUUAAAAGCAUUACUGAUAUAGUACAAUUUUCCAAUUUCUGGUGUUUGGAUAUUGCUCCUCGGAUGUUGUUUUUGAUUUGAAGACGUAACAAAGAUUCCUGGGCAUUCUCAUGCUUGUAUGUAGAAGGAGCAUCAUACCAGAUUUGUAGACUUGUUUUUGUUUGAUAAUGUCUUAAUCUCUUGUUAAUUUUGCCACUGUUUUUAACAUGCUGAUGUGUAUCAGUUGUAAUUUUUGUUCAAUUAUUCAUUAAGCACAGGGUUUUUAAAUCACUCAUAGAGAUGGAAUCCGCAGAAGCUAAGGAGAGUCGGACAGCAUGGUUAAACAAGUUAUGCUCUUCUAUCGCAGGUGCAAUGAUGUCUGUUGGGGAAAAAACAGUGUUCGUUUUUUGUUGUUGUAAUAUCGCAAACGGAUGUGGCAGUUCCACCAUUAAGGAUUCCAGCUUUAAUUAUAAUGUUUAUGUUGUGCAGUGGAAAAAGAAAGAUGUCUAAACCCAAAAUAUGUUGGUGCUUGCAAUCAGCCAAGAAAGUGUGCAAAGAAAAUAAUAAAUGAAGCCACAGUAUUGGAUAAACAUCAA